ACACUGAUUUGUACCCAGUUUUACAAUGAUCCUGCUGGACAUUGUAGUUAUGGCUAAUGAAUGAAUGGAUGAUUGAUUAAUCGAUUGACUGAAUUGCAUUUCCUCCAGGGUUUAGAGAAUAGCCAUGGAAAGAAGCAGAGAUAUCCAAAGCUUCUUCUGCAAAAAAAGAAGAGUCGGAGCCAGCCACAGCUACUUCCAGCAACAGUGAAACAGUGAUUACAGCAGAAGUGAUGAAGAACAUUCAGCACCCCCCUGCACAGCAUGGUUCUCCUGGUAUGGCCAUCCCCUCACUAGCUCUGUGACCCAUCUUGGCCACCCCAGUAAGCUGUCCUGGAUACGCCACUGAAACUCCUCCACCACCUGCCACAGCAGCGACGCAGCGAUGGAGAGCCGCUGCGAAUGAUUAUAAGCUCACGGAAGACCACCACUGAGAGAGAAAAAGAGAAAGACGCACAGAGGGGAGCACAGAUAAGAGGGAGACCCGGAGAACCAGAGAGACAGACGGAGAGAGACGAGCGGAAACAGAAACAUAUGGUUUGUCUGAAGAGCGGUUGUUUCUGAGGACUGCUGAACCGGACCGAAACUUAUUCAACCACCGUGAUCAACGAAAAGCCUCAUUUGAUUCGUCCAUCUGGUUUUCUUGACACUUGUUUGCCUUAUUUUUGUGAGCGCUCACCUGUGGUAGGCUGUGCCUGCGUGCACCUCUGUUUGAUUAGUUUGUGCGGGCUGGAUUGCGGUUGUUGGACCUCCCUGAGCACGCGCACACACGCACACCGAUCAUCACAAGACGCGGUGCAGCCCACAAAAGCUUCUUGCAAGGAGGAAAUUGAAUUAGACAAGUUUAUUCCCACAGAGGAGAAGCACAAGAGUGGCUACUCUCCUUCAUCUCUCACCGUGUCUCCUCAGGGCCCACCAGUUGUCUGUCAGAACCCGCUCCUCUCGUCUCCCACCACCUCCCCUCUCCGGUAACGAGCCAUGUCUGGGCAGACUGUGACCAUCCCGGACGACCGGGCGUUUGCCAGCUUCAAGGCGGAGUGUCUGUGCGAGGAAGGCUGGAAUAUCACCCUCAAUAACGGGGGCAUCACGGUGUGGACCCAGGUACUGGAGGAGGGCAAGUCCAUCCACAAAAUUAAGUGUCGGAUGGUUUGUAAGGAUGUUUCAGCUGAGACCAUGUACGAUGUUCUCCAUGACAUUGAAUACAGAAAAAAAUGGGACAAAAAUGUCAUCGAGACCUUCGAUAUCGGGAAACUUACGGUCAAUGCGGAUGUUGGUUACUACGCAUGGCAUUGUCCAAGUCCUCUUCGGAACCGCGAUGUCAUCACGCUUCGCUCCUGGCUGCCAAUCGGGAAAGAUUACAUCAUCAUGAACUACUCUGUCAAACAUGCUAAAUACCCUCCUAAAAAGGACUUUGUGCGAGCUGUAUCCAUUCAGACUGGCUACAUGAUCCAGAGCCAGGGACCAAGCAACCACUGUACCCUCUUUUACAUGGCCCAGGUAGAUCCACGAGGUUCGUUACCCAAGUGGGUUGUUAACAAGUCUUCCUACUUCUUUGCUCCCAACGUGAUGAAGAAGAUCAACAAAGCCUGUUUGAAGUAUUCAGAGUGGAAGCAGAAACACAACCCCGGCUUAAAGCCCUGGCUCUACCCAGAACAGACUACAUUACCCAUCAUCCCGCUGUCUGAGCUCAGCAUCCAGCGUGCUGAGAGCCUGGAGAAGAUUGAUGAGAGCUCCCUGGCUGAGACCCAGGAGAGAGAAGACAGCGACUAGCACGUACACACUCGCACACACGUAGUCAUCUGUUCAUACACACACACACACACACACACACACACACACACACACACAAUAAUGCAGGGUUACAUGCAUGCCCGAUACACAUCCAUAAUCACACUUAUGUUUAUGUGAUUCUAUACGAGAGUGUGUAUGUGCACAUGCGUACAUACUACAUGUGGCUGUACUAACAUGCUCAUGUAUGGAAUCAUUCAUGCACACACACAGACUCAUACUUAACCAACUCCAUCUCGUACUUGCAUACAUAAUGUAUGGACACAUACAUGCAGCAUAGUUGCAAUCACACACAUGCACUCACUCACAAGGGGCACCAAAAACUACUUAUUUUUUACAAGUCAGUAAACGCACGUUCAUUGUAAUCAGGAAAACGGCUGUGUAUGUGAUUUUUCAUGCAGGAUUAUCAGCGUUUUUUCAUUGGGACCUUCGCAGCCUGUCAUAGAAAGAUAUAUUUUCAGCAAGAAUUUGUGUUGAAAUGUUUACAGACUGACUUGACAGUGGACUUUAAGCUCUCAUUUAAAUAUAAAAAAUGAAUUUGUAAAUUAAACUCUUUUUAUGUGGGAGUUGUGUAUAUGGCCUAUUUGGUGGAAAAACUCUCUGUGUAACCUCUGAUGAUCAUGUCAGCAACAAGUACAUAACAUUCAUUUAUUCCUCAUUAUAUAUUUCAGACAUGUAUACACACUCAGUUUGUGUCUUUCUGCCCAUGUUGUCUCUCUGGCCCUGUUUACAUCUGGCGUUAGAAUUUGUUUUUGGGUGAUGCGAUAAUAGUGAACAGCGCUUAAUACAAGUGUAAACAACCACCAAGAAACGUUGUGAUCCAGUCACUCAAACCACUUGCCGAGUUGGUCUGGCAUGCAUUUAACCACAUAUCUUUUGUAGUAUAAACGCUAAUGUGUCCUGAUGCAUUCCCAACAAGGAGUACAUUCAUCAUUAGUGCAGGACACAAGUGGUCAGCUCGAGAUGCAUAAUAGGCACAGGUUUGAGCAGCCUUAUGUCUCGACUGUCCGCUUGUGUUCUGAUGAACAAAAUGCAUUUUAAUACCAGGUCUAAACAGGCUCUCUGUCCCUCAUUAUGUGUCUCCAUCACCUUUUUGUAAGCACAUAAUAAAUAUGCAGGUGUGCUGAAGGCAGCUGGAACCCCCCCCCAAUCUGCGACCCUUUCAUACACACACAAACACACACAGAUUUAACACACGUACUGUCUGCUCCUCUAAUUGAGAGAUGUAUGAAUGUAUGUAGAGUUUAAAAAUUAAAAACAUAUUCCUACAAAGAUUUUCAAAUUUCA